GCUGCUCUUCUCUUUAGGGCAUCUUGACCCAGCCGAAAAAGUUGAAAAUGCUCACCCCAAGUUAUGGUGUGCUCUGAGCGAAGGCAAGGUGACAGUGUUCGAUGCUUCUUCCUGGACAGUCCACCAGCACUCCUUUAAAGUGGGCACCGCUAAGGUGAACUGCAUGGUGAUGGCAGACCAGAACCAGGUGUGGGUGGGCUCAGAGGACUCCGUCAUCUACAUCAUCAACGUCCACAGCAUGUCCUGCAACAAGCAGCUCACAGACCACCGCUCCAGCGUCAUGGACUUGAUCGUGCAGGAUGGACAGAAGGCUCCCAGCGAGGUGUACUCAUGCAGUGUGGACGGCACGGUGCUGGCGUGGAACGUGCGCACGCUGCGGGUGACCAGCCGCUUCCAGCUGCCAAGCGGCGGCCUCACGUCCAUCAGACUGCACGGCGACCGCCUGUGGUGCUGUACAGGUAGCAGCAUCAUGGUCGUGACAACGAAUGGCUUCCUUCGUCAAGAACUGAAGAUUGAGGAGAACUUCACAGACACCAGCACCUCCUUCCUGGCCUUCCAGCUCCUUCCCGAGCAGGAGCAGCUGUGGGUGGCAUGUGCAGGACGGAGUGAGGUUUAUAUCUGGAGCCUGAAGGACCUGGCCCAGCCCCCCGAGAGGGUGCCCCUGGAGGAGUGCUCUGAGAUCGUCUGCAUGAUCCGGGUGAAGAAGCAGGUCUGGGUGGGCAGCCGAGGGCUGUGGCAGGGAACACCCAAGGGGAAAAUCUACGUGAUUGAUGCUGAGAGCAAGACCGUGGAGAAGGAGCUGGUGGCGCACAUGGACACUGUGAGGACGCUGUGCUCGGCUGAGGACAGAUACGUGCUGAGCGGGUCGGGCAAGGACGAGGGGAAGAUCGCCAUCUGGAAAGGGGAAUAGACGUGGCAGAGCGUGCCAAGCAGAACCUUGCCGCCCCCUCGAGCCCGCCAGGAGCAGAAGCCCCGAGCGGUGGGGGGCAGGGCAGCCCAGACUCAGCGUGGAGCUUGCUUACCGUGUGGCCAGCCACGAGACCCAUGGCCAUGCAGCUUCUCAAUGGCCUUCGGGUCCUCUGGCUAAACUGCACCAAGAGUGUGUCCUGUUGGGGUGUGUCUCAGGCAGGCAGCUGCAUCUUGUUGGUGAUAACCUCUAUUGAGACGUUACUUUGUGUGUUGCCUGGAAAUUGCUGGAAAUCACCACCGUGGGCCGGCAUGGAGCCGGCAGCUUGGCUGAGUCACAGGUGACCUGUAGCUCUCACAUCUCUGGUUUUGCCUUUCCUUACCUCAAGCAUUCACUUACCCGGUCCUUACGCAUCACGGAGGAAUGCUGGGCUGGGCACAUGACGGUGAGCCCGGGGCCCUGGGGCCUCCAGCGAGGCCUGUGAGAAGGAAGAGUGGCUCAGAUAACAAAGGGUGUGUCUCCCAGCAGAGGAGGUGGAUAGGGCCUGCGCAGCUGGAGGUGUCCACAGUGGGAUCAGAUUUUGGGAGAGGGGUUGGGCCAGCUGAGGUAAGCUGUCUUUUUUCCUUUUCUUUUAAAUAAAUGCACAAUUUUUAUAAUAAUGCUAGAGACCUUUUUUCUGCCAAAGAUCGCAGACCAAAAAAAGUUCCAUCUAAAAUAUGCUCAGGAAACUACACAGAAUCUAAAGUAAAAUAGCAUCAUGCACGGUCUCGUAUUCCAGUGAAGAUGUCCCAGAUGGGCGUGUGGUUCAGCCCAUGUCUGUGCUGGAUGUGCAUGGGCAAGACGCUUCACUGAACUGAACAUCUCAGCUGUACACAAAGAUUUGCAAAAGAGACCUUUUGCACUUUUUUACUGUAAUGUUGAGAUUUCAUUACUUAGAUGUUCCGUGGAAGGUUCUGGUGUGGCUGUUGGAACUGGAGAGAGCAUAUCAGCACAUGCCGAGUGUGCGGGGGUGCCCCCCGAGCACCCAUCCACGGGCUGGGCCUUGGAGCCCUGGGUACUCAGGACACAGCCCCAGAGUUGGCACACCCCGAGUGUCUCUGGAGGUGUUUGCCAGGCUCCUGGAAUGGGCCACCUCCAGAAGCUCUGCAGUGUCUCCAAAUGGAAAGGCAGGCUGGCCUCUGGUUGGGUCUGCAUUUUGGAGAGUCCACACCACGGGCCAGCUUUUCCCCAGGCUAGGCUUUGCAUAGCCACUUACUUCUUGGGGCGUUCUGACAAUGUGGGAAGAGCAGAGCUUUGUGGCCUCAUCCUCCUGCAAGGCUGUGCCUCCGGUGGGGGCACGUUCCCAAUUUCUAGCAGGGGAGAGGUCGGAGUUUGCUUUUGUAAACACAUGAAUACUUAUACAUGUAUUUUUGACAGACUUUUAUCAUGUUAUUUAAUGCCAGUCCUCAGGUAACCUCAGGUAUCUUCAGCUUAUGGAUAAUAAAUUUUGUUUAUUAAACA